UCCAAACACGCCAGUUUGAUACAAUUACAUAUUUAUUCAGCUUUUUUUUUAUUAAAAAAUAAAUAACUGUGGUGAUUAAAAACUCAUAAAGCCAAUUUUAUCUAAUAAUUAAAAAUGUGAUUAAUUAAAAACGUAUAUUGAAUAACAAAGUUUUAUCAUAUAAAUCAAGUGUGUUUUAUAAUUUUUCAAAUAUAUAAAUUUGAGGUUAAAACAAUAGGCCGAUAAUUUUUGUCAUUAAUUGAGUAAACAAUUAGUGAAAAUAAUAAUUUUUAAUUUUGUUUUUAUUUAUCAGUUAAAAAAAUGAAUUUUUUAGAGAAUAAUAGUAUUCAAGGUUUGCCACAAUUUUCUGAAUUAACAUCAAGAUCAAAUUCUUUGACAAAUUCAAUAUAUUCAGUUAAUACAAGUCAAAUUGUUGCACCAUCUAGUACUGUUUAUACAACAACUGGACUAGACCAAACAAAGCAAACAUUGCUGACAAAUGGAGCAACAAAAUAUUCAAGUCCUUUGGUUUGGCCAAGUCCAAAUGCAUUGAUGCAGUUAUGUGACAAACAAAGUCUUCAAGCAUUAAACAUUCCAACUUAUUCACAAAACAAUAUUAUAACUGUACAACAAAAUAAUUUACCAGUUAGAAUAUUACCAAACACAUAUUUGCCAACAACAUCAUCAUCACAAACAGAAACAAUAAUAAUAAAACAAGAAGAUAAUAUACAUAUUAAUAACGAUAAUAAUAUUAAUAAUCAAAAUAAUGAAUCACAUAUUAAUUUACAUGAUAGUUCAACAAUGACUGAAUAUUUACAAAAAUUACAAGCAACAUCAUUACCAUUAACACUACAUCAAAUACUUAAAUUAAGUGAAAAACGUGAUAAAAUUGAUGAUAAUAUUAGACCAGAAUUAUUACAAAAUAAUAUAUUAAAUAUACCAAAUGUUGCUGGUUUUAGAAAUACAAAUUUAAUUAGUAAUAAUUAUUUAAAUGAUCAAUUAAUGAAUGAUAUUAAUCCAAGUGAUCUUAAUAUUCAUAUGGAAACUCCUGAUGGCAAUGAAAAUAUUUCUACACAAACACAAAUUAUUAAAAUUGAACAACAGCAACAACAACAACAACCUAAAACUGAAAAAAAAAGAAAUUUUAAAGCGAAAUGUGGUGAAAUAAAAAUUUCAAUAGCAGCUGAUGGUGCUGUAUUGUAUUAUUGUCCAGAAUGUAAUCUGGCAUGUUAUGAAAAGACUGAAAUUGAAGAACAUAUACAAGGACAUGUGCGGGAACGUAAAUAUCAAUGCAAAGAAUGUGGUGCAAUGUUAAAAAGAAAAGAACAUUUAGAUCAACAUAUGCGAGGACACUCUGAUGAACGACCAUUUAAAUGUCCAGUAUGUUCAAAAGCAUUUAAACGUAAUGAACAUUUAACACGACACUAUGUCAUUCAUUCAGGUGAUAAAAAUUUUACUUGUAGUGUUUGUCAAAAAGCAUUUUCACGUAAGGAUCAUUUGAAUAAACAUACACAAACACAUCUUGGUAUUAAAAAAUCAAAAAUUAAAAAAGAUAUUAAUAUUAAUAUUACCGAUAACAUUAAAGAUAAUAAUAUAACUGAAAUUGUUAAUGACAUUCCAAAAUUCGAAUUGAGUUAUAUACUUAAAGAUGGUAAUAUUGCUAAACAAGAUACAACAUUUUUUCAACAUCUUCAAAGUAUUCAAAAAGAUCAAAGUAUCAUGAAUACAGUAUUGUUUAAAGAGCAAUUAAUGAAAGAUGGAAGUCAUCAUCAACAACAAGCUGUUAAUAUGAAUGAAAUAUUGCCACAAAAUACUAGAUAUUUAAUGCCAUCCUAGUUUAUUUUUUAAACAAUCUAACAAAAAUAUUUUUAAAAAAAAGACAAACUCCCAAAGUAGUAUGAAUAAAUUGGAUUUAAUUAUUUUAAUAAUAAUUAGUUUUAGGAAUCAGGGUUGUUGGAAUAGGCCGGCAAUUAUCUUCCCAUAAAUUUAGCAUUAUAUUUCUAAUAAAAAAUUGCUUUGUUUCUUUAAAUAUUAAAUUUCGAAUUAACAAAUAGAUAAACUGUAGAAAUUGAUAAAUAAUAUGAAGAAAAAAUAAUUAGUAUAAUUAUUAUAAAUAAAUUUAAAAAUUUCAAAUUUAAUUAAUAAUAAUUAAUGUAAAAUUUGCCUUAAUUUUGGUAACGUAAUUACUGAGAAAUUGACUGCAACAUUUGGCUGUGAAUCAGCUGGCUCGAAUUUCGCCGAAAAGUUGUUUUUGUCUUAAUAAUAUUUAGCGAUAAUUUUAAUAACAAAACGUAUAUAUCAAUUUCAAAUUUAAAAUAUAAUUUGUUUUUUUGUUUUUUUAAACUAUUGCGAAUCAAUUGAUAGACUAGUUUUACAUAUAAUGAGACUUUCCAAAGUCUUUCUAGUCUGCUAAAAUUUUGUGGCAAUUGUGAGUGAAUUUGUCAGUGAUGUAAUUGAUAUAACAAGUAUUUUUCUUUUCAAAAAU